CUUGAGACAUUUCCGUCGAAAUUCAUAUCUGCGGCGCACGCAUGGCAUGGUCGUUACGCACUGAAGGCAGACCAGCACAUGUCUUCCGCGCGGGAUACUGAAGGGGCCUCUUGAGAUGGAAGCGUUGGCAGGCACCGCCUACCCCACGACCACCCCCGGCUUAGCCGGACUGUGCCUACCAGGAGUGUCAUGCCGCGGGCAGUCUACAAGCCCUCCACAAGGCCGAGAGGCGGUCUUUGCCCCACCCACGGCAGGAUCAUCCUCUCAUGCAGCCCGGGAGGAUUGCGAGGCGUCUCUUCCGGGUGCGCAGGUGGAGGUGCAGCAGCCGCCAAUGCUUGGAAUCAAGAGUAGACAGGCGACGACUCAAAAGGGAGAGGUGCAGAUCAUUGGCAUCCCGAUUCCAAGCCGCACCGUGGAACAGGUGAACUAUGUCACAGAGACAGUCACCACGCCACACAGACUGGGAAGGCGUGGAGGAGGGCCUGUGCCGCUGCUCAGUUUUAAGUCCAACGCUUCUUUCAGCAGCGAGAGGGGCGUGGCAGCCUACACACGCUCGAAAUCUUCGAGCGCCUUGUCAGGCGACGUUCCCAACGCAACUCCUUCUUCAUCCUUCUCAUCGUCUUUGAACUCCACUUUUGUGUCCAAGCAGGCCACCUCCGCUUCCUUCAGGUGGGCGCCAGGUGAUGCCAUUGUGCAUUGCUGGCACCGGAAGCUGAGCGACACGUAUCAAGACUACAACAUGGUGAAUUUGGUUGGCGAAGGGAGGAACGGUGCAGUGUUCAUUGUGCAGCACAAGAUCAGCGAGCAGUACUACGCCUGCAAAGUUCUCCACAAGGCGGAACAGGACUCCAGUGCGCUGCGCGCAGAGAUCAAGAACCUUCGUAUGCUGGACCACCCCAACGUGGUGCGCCUCUAUGAAGUCAACGAAGAUGCGGAGGCGGUGUUCCUACUGAUGGAGUACUGCAGUGGGGGCGACCUCUUUAGCCUCGUGACGGAGUCGCCGCACGGGUACCUGCCAGAGACCUUGGCGCGAGCUUUUGCGGAGCAGAUGCUGAGUGCCCUGGCGUACUGCCACUCAAUGGGAGUGGUGCAUCGGGAUGUGAAGCCCGAGAACUUCUUGCUGAACACCACUGGCGAGGAUGUGGCCUCUGCCACACUCAAGCUGGCGGACUUCGGUAUAGCCACGCACGUCCGGUGUGCGGAAAGCCAUCAUGAGGGGCAGGUUAACGGGAGUGUACCGUACAUGGCCCCGGAGCUCUUCACGAAGCGGUGGAGCUCCCUCGUGCGGGAUUCGCAGGGGGAUCGCCAUGUGCUGGCCGCGAGCGACCUGUGGAGCUGCGGCAUCGUGAUCUACGUAAUGCUCUCAGGCGACCUGCCUUACGGCUCUGAUGAGUACCGGAUAGCGAGCGGUGAGCCCCCGGACUUCUCCAAGGAGGUUUGGCGCGCCAUCUCUCCCGAAGCCAUUGACUUGAUCAACAAGCUGCUGAAGCCGGAAGUCGAGGAAAGGUGGACGGCGCAGCAAGCUCUACAGCACGAGUGGUUCACCUCCGGGAAGACCACCCGGGCAUCGCCGGAGUCCACCAGAUUGUCCUGCGUGACCGAGCGAUCCGACGGGACGGUCUUCUUUUCCCAGAAGGCGGCGGAGUAUGCCCGAGCCACCGUCCGCGGGCUGCGUCGAUGGCGUCAGCACCCCUUCCUCAGGCGAAUGGUCAUGGCCGGCAUUGCGAAGAGGAUGGAGGCCGACAACCCGUCGCGGAAGUUUGCGGAGUCGGCGUACCAGACCUUCAAGGGGUCCCAGGAUAAACUUCGCAAGGAGCAGCUCGUCCAGGUACUCAACAUGGCUUUCUGUGCGAGCCCCCCUCCUGACGCAUCCUGCUCUUCGCAGACCACCACGAGCAAUGAAUCCUUCCUGCAGGAGCAGAGCGUCCGCACGAGCCGGAGCAACAGCUCGGUCGGUUCCGGCUUUUCGCCAAGUGGCAGAAGUGUGACAGGCUUGUAUGUCCGUCAGCACGUGAAGCAGGGCCUCCGAAAGUUUAUGCGGCGGCUGGAUGAGGACUCGACCCUUGGGAGUUCGCCGGUGUCUUUGUCGCCAGGGUUUCCAACUCCUGGCAGCGAGGACCUGGUGAGCCUUACAGAGCUGGAAGUUCUGGUGGAAAAGCUUGAUGCCACAAAGAAUGGUGCUGUGGACUACACCUUGUUCGUUGCAGCUUUGCUUCCGAUGGAAGUGUACAGUGAGGAAGCCAGAGUCAUGGAGAUGUUUGCACAGCUCGACAUCCAAGGACGAGGCCUCAUUGGUCCUGAAGACCUCCAGAAGGUGCUCAGCAACUCUGUACAGAGAAAGGACAACAGCCUUCGUCGCUGCACCGAAAUGGUCAAGGAAUACGACCUGAACGGAGAUGGAUGCCUAGAUCCGAUGGAAUUCAGGAAGAUGCUCCGCGAUGAGAUCUGGAGCGAGGGUGACUCCAGCGCUCCCGUGUCACGUCAAGACUUGACUGAUUAGCUGCGAGGCGGCAUGGUCAAGCAGGAGGGCGUUGGCUGUUUCACAGAGGUUUGCAUUAUGUAGGUUGCAAGUGCCUAGAUGCGCUUGAUUUGUAGCGUAGCUGUGCAACAUCGCUGGACGCCCGAUUUUUUCGGCUCGACUUUGGCUUAACGCCGUUCUGCCUCUGCUGGUACUGCAGUUGAACUGCAGCGCUGUGCAUAGGCUACGCCGGCAUAGUUCGAGCAUUUGCUAAUGUGUGCGUGUCUGUGUGUUUGUGUACUUGAAAGACGGAUUCUACGAAUUGUG